GUUCAGUCACUUUUUGCUAAAAUCGUAUGACUUUACCAAAGGUACGGUAUGUCAUACGCGAAAGAGAUCGCGAGAUCCCAAAGAGCACAGCGCAUCACCAUCAAUAUAUGUACCGAUAGCAGUCUACCAGACCAUCGAAACGAUCAUCGGCAGCCUUGGCACCAUGGACGACGGAUCUUCCUCCGAUUCUGACGAUGAGUUCUUGACAGUUGGUAACAAAAACAGCGGCAACGUGGACCGGGAAGCAUUGGUUCGCAAGAAGCUGCUGGAGAGCUUCUAUGGCCAAUCAGCAGAUUCGGACAGUGCUGGUCAACGAAGCAGGACAUCAUUGGCCGACACAAAGAAGCUGGGUCAGGUUCAAGGAUCUCGAGGAUUGGGACAUGCUAGCGUCAAUAACUCAGCCGAUACCAAAGACUUGGAUUCGCCGUAUUUUGACGUGGAAAGUCAUACAAGCAGUCAUAUCAUUGGCUCAUCCGUCCAUGAACUCCUGGAGUUGGACGAGCAGCUCACUCUGCAAGUCCGUACGCUUGAUUCGACCACACAAAAUAUGGUGUACGAGAACUAUAGCAAAUUUAUCAUUGCCACAGACGCAGUAAAGAGUGUCGGAGUGUCCGUUCAAGCAAACAAAGAAGGCCUGGAACGACUUUCCAAGGGCAUGGACAUGAUUUCCAGCACAUCGCAAGCGGUAGAAGAGGACCUUGGUUCUUUGCGUGAUGCCGUCGCAGAGAAAAUCCGCGUGAAGCGUCUUUUGACACGUCUAGAUGCAUUGCUCAAGCUUCCAGAAACCCUGCGAGAACAAAUCAAAGAUGGUCGCUUCCGAGAAGCAGCGAGGUCUUUUUGUAGAUCCACCAAUAUUCUAAGGAUGCACUCUGAAGGAUUUGAGAGCUUGCAGAAAAUUGAAACGGAGUGCAGUGCCAUUCUCUUCGAAAUGGUCAAAAAUAUGAAGCGAAAAUUGAGGCAUUGGAGCGGUCAAGACCACUCAAUUGCCAUGUUGGAAUCAACAUCAGAGGACAACGACGACAACUUGGAAUCCCAAAAUUCGGAGAGCUUUGAUAGUCUUGACAGCGAAGGUUUUCAAGAACCACCAAAGAGUAUACAAGAAAUCUUCGAGUGUUCCGGUACACUUGCCCUUCUUAUGAAAGAGAAAGGGCGCAGCGAUGUUGAUCCCGGCUUGACCUCCUCAGAGUGCCAAGAGAUGUCCAUUACAGCGAGCUCUCGUUUCCUCGAGAGACUCCUUGAUUUGCACCAGCUCGAAAUUCAGGAAGCCGCGAUGAAUGCAUCUGCGUUACCCAGAUCUGUCGAUGAUAGUCCUGGCGACUUCGAAAGUGAUCUCCGUCCAACAGUCCACCCUAUUCCUACGCUCGUUUUGGAUGGAAUUCUCCAGACAGCUGCUUUAUUCCGUAUGAGUUUCAGAGACGACACUCGUGAGCAAGGCCAUACGGGCGAGCCUGAUCGUCUAGGAGAGUUCGUUGAUGAAGCGUACACAUCUUUCCUCUCCCAUGUGAAGUCUAUCUUGCUCGAACACAGCUUGGGGGUGCAGCAGAGCUCCUUGGAGUCUCGGGAAGGUGAUCAGGAAGGAGAAAGCGGCGAAACAUACGGAGAUAUUGCAGGGGCCAUGUCGACACUGCUACUUGCAGUGAGAGAACUGGCAUCUGCUUUGUCACUGCCGGAGGUCGGAGUGAGUUCUGAUAUCGCUGCAGGUUUGGUGGAGCAAGCACAAGAUUUAGCGGGAUCUGUUACCAAUGCACGGGUCGAUCGAAUGUUCCAUGAGCUUCAACUCAGAGUUCUCAAAGAUUGUCUUGCUCCUUUCGUGGAGAGAAUUACGGGAGCGGGUGAAGACCAGAAGGCACAGAUUUGUGCAAUUGCAGUAUCGGAUUCCAUGCAGCUGCUUGACGAUACAGUUCGGAGCGUUUUUUCUGGUAGAGAAGACCUCGGAGCUUCGGUUGAUCUCCCAGCGUUGAAGCAAUCGAUCCAGGCGAGUACUUCGAGGUUUGCUUCGUGGCUUGCUGGCAGUUUCGAAGUAUUGGCUGGUUGUGACUCCAGCGAUUGGUAUUUCUCAUUCGAAGCAUGUGCUACGAGCCUGGCUCCUGACGAAGGCAACAUGGCAGAGAGAUCGGGCGGCGAUUUGUCAGCUCGGCUUAACGCGGUGGGAAAGGAAGACGUGACAGAAUUGUCCACUCAGUAUGAUGCGCUGGCCUCAAAAGUUGAUGCCGCCCUACAGGAUUUGGUUGCGGACCUUGACGCGAAAAGUCCCUAUUUGAACCACUUUGAGCUGGCGUUGCUGCUGUGGGAAAUGUGCAGGAACUGUGAGCGUGUUUUCGUUGACACCAUCAAACUUUCAAUGGAUACGAAUGUGGGAGGUGGAAAGAAGGGAAGGGCGAGCGGUCUUUUCCCGAUUGACGAUCACAAGAAGAAUGUUGUACUCACCCAGCACGAGCGGGCUGCAUCAGAUAGAUUUCGACUUGCUGGGUCUCGUAUACUUGUACUCUAUUGCAGCAAUCAAGGAUUUGAUGCUGCCCAACAAGUUUGUUUGGCGUUGCGUGCCAAUACCUCUGCAGACCCCGAGCCAUUCCCUGACCGACCAAACGCUGGGGUCUGUCGUGCCCUUGAAAUUGCGAAGAAGACAUCCAUCGAAUGUUCCAACUUGUUUGGCGAAACACAGCGCGCUGGACCCCUCCCAGACUUUACCAAUGUUACUCCGGUCUCACAGCCACUCCUUGGAAGGAAUACUUCACCGAUAAAGGGUUUGCAACUCGAUGUUGAACGCAUGUUUCAGGAAAAGAUUGAAGUUUACCCUCAUCCCAGCGAAGAACUUGAUUCAUCGAGAGAUUCCGUUUUGGCAUUAUUUUUUCGUGUUAUGAUCAAGGCGAUUGCCGAGGAGACUCGGCACUAUUCGUUCACACCUGGUGCCUACAUCGGAUUGCUUGUCGACUUAGAGUUCCUGAGAGAUAUGAUUCCCCAUUACCUGAGCGAGAGUUUCGAUGUCCAAGGGAGCAAUGCGUGCGGCUCUCUGUAUUCCUUGCUAACUGAUACUUUGAACAGUGCCAGAGAUCGCUGCGACGAUGAAGAUGCCAUUGGAAACGAUGAUAUUAUCAGGCUCGCGAGGACUGCUCUCAGAGACUUCAUGAAGUUGGAUUCGUCACACAGCUUCAUCGUUGUCCCAUGAUCAGAUUGUCACAAAGUUGCCAGUAAACGUAGAAAUCAGUUCAGAGAAGAUUCGAUUCACCUGAUAGUUAUUUACAGCAUAUUCUAGAUUGACAUCCAAAACUUGGGCUACAGCAACUGAU